UAACUCUCCAGCACUCGGUUUUCUCUAGAGGAGGCACAAAGAGAAGCAGAGAUGGGACGAGCAGGGAGAAUCCUCCUGCCUCAUCAGAGCCACCAGCUUUCAGGAGAGCGCGGCAGCCCCCCGCUGCCUGUGGACUGACCACUGAAAGGUUGACAGAAACCCUGGGCCACACAGACGAUGAGGAAUGGAGCCCCUAGAACCAGCUCCCCCUACCCUGCCUACCAGGGACCAGCCAGCCCCUGCACCUGGCGUUCCAGGGGGCCCAGGUGCACAGGCUUCACCUCAUUUGACCCUGGGUCCUGUCGUCUUGCCACCGGAACAGGGCCUGCCCCCGACUCUGUUCCUGAAGGCCUUGCCUGUCCCGCUCUACCACACAGUACCUCCUGGGGGCUUCCAGCCACGUGCACCCUUGGUGACAGGCAGCCUGGAGGGGGCCAGCGUACCCUUCAUCCUCAGCCCCUUGCUGCAGCCCGAAGGACCCAGUCCCACCCAGGUGGGCAAGCCAGCCACCCCGGCCCUGACUGUGAACAUCGUGGGCACACUGCCUGUACUCUCACCGGGCGUGGGCUCCACACUGGUCAACCCAGGCAGGUUGAAGAAUGCUGGUAAGCAUCUGUGCCCGCACUGUGGCCGGGACUGCUUGAAGCCCAGUGUUCUGGAGAAACACAUCCGGUCCCACACAGGUGAGAGGCCCUUCCCGUGCUCCACUUGUGGCAUCGCCUUUAAGACCCAGAGCAACCUGUAUAAACAUAGGCGGACUCAGACACACCUCAACAAUUCCCGCUUGUCCUCAGAGUCUGAGGGGAGUGGGAGCAGCCUUCUGGAGGAGGGAGACAGGCCCAGAGAGACUGCCUCAGUGGAGAGCCGGGGAGAGGAAGGAGCUCCAGAGGGGGCCCUUUCUCCAGGUGCCAGUUCCCCCCUUGCUGCUAAGAACAGGGAACGGAAAGUGGAAUCGGCUCCCUCGCUCACGGCCGCCCUUUCCCACGGGGAGGCCUCUGUGGACCAGACCCAGUUGGUGUCACCUGAAUUCUCACUAGCCAGCCCGCAGCCUAGGCGGAAACUGCCAGAACCAAAGGCCUGCCCCCUGCAGCGGCAGCAGGAGACAUGCUCAGAAAAGCCUUGGGACUCCAAGGCUCUGGAGGGCCAGCUGAGGAAGUGUGAGAGCACAGACUCUGGCUACCUGUCUCGCUCGGACAGUGUGGAACAGCCUCCUGUGGCCUCGAGCCCCCUGCAUAGUCUGUCGGAGCACAGUGCAGAGUCUGAAGGGGAAGGGGGCCCCGGCUGUGACUCUGCCCGCAACAGGGUUGAACCGGCAGCAUCAGGGCCCAGCCUGGAGAUGGAGAAGAAGAAAUUGGAGGAGCGCAUUGCCCAGCUCAUCUCCCAUAACCAGGCGGUGGUAGACGACCCCCAGCUGGACCAUGUACGGCCCCGCAAGACUGUGCUGUCCAAGCAGGGCAGCAUCGACCUGCCCAUGCCAUACACCUACAAAGAUUCCUUCCACUUUGACAUCCGGGCGCUGGAGCCUACCCGCAGGAGGAUUGCCCUCAACCCGACUUGCUCUACCUUCACACCCCUGGAAAAGGCCAGACCCAUCUUCUUCCACUCUGUCCCCACACAGCUCUCCACCACUGUUGAAUGUGUCCCAGUCACCAGAAGCAACUCGCUGCCCUUCAUUGAGGCUUCUAAGCUGCAGCCAGAACCACAGGGCCCACAGGAUACAGUUCCCAGGAUGCAGAAGGCCCUGAGCCCCAGGCUCCCCCCAGCCCGACUGGGGUGCCGCCCAGGACUGACCUUGGCAGGCAUCCCCAGUGGUCACCCUCGGGCCCUGGUGAGACAGGCUGCUGUGGAAGACCUGCCAUGUACCCCCACGGGAGACCCCUCGACUGUGGCUGAGGACCUAGAUGGAAAGAGAGCUGGGGUACAGGAGGGGGCGGCGUGCAAGGGCAGAGCCGGUAAGAAGUGUAGCCAGAGGAAGCAGAAGAUGUUCUCCCAGGAGAAAUGGCAAGUUUAUGGGAAUGAGACGUUCAAGAGAAUAUACCAGAAAAUGAAGAACAGCCACCAGGAAGGACAGAAGCCCAGGCAGGUGAAACAGGGCCAGGGGACAGAGCUGGGCCUUUCUUCCCAGGAAGCAGUAGCAGGGAGUGAGAGUGCAGCCCUGUCUCGAGAUAACAGGAGCCCUAUGCUUGGGGACACUACAGCAGGGGCUGAGCCAGGAUCUUGGGGAAGCCGUCCAUCCCUGGAGGACUCACUGGAGGCCGAGCCUCCUAAGCAGCUGAAGGUGGUGGCCAGAGCCAAGUCGUCUCCUACCCUUGGCAGCACAGAUGGCCUCUGUGUGAGUUACAAGAGCCCUCUGCUGUCUUCGAGUGGGGAGUUGGACCUGGGAUGCCAACCUCCUGCAGUGUCUGGGCCCCACCAAGGAGGAGAUUUAGAAGUUCCUGAGACAGCUUUGCCAGACCCCAGCAUCGAGGCUAUACAAGAAACCGGCCCCGGGGCCCAAGGUGCCCUCAGACGGUCCAGUGGUGGGUCUAUGGCUCUCCAUAUUGCAGAAGACAAGUUACCCUCAGAGAGAAAGAGGCCAAAGGUGGAGGGGUUGCAUCGUCAGGAGCAGCCAGGGCCUGUGGAAGCUGAGACCCCAGGUAGCUCUGUGCAGGCUGAUCCCUGGCCACCCCAGAAACAGGACAUUGACCCCGAGGAGGUGCUGGGUAGCUCAAAUGAGAGUAUCCUACAUGUGACCACAGCCCCGGAGUCCUCUGAUACCUCCUCAGCUGUUUCUACUGUUGCCCUGAGGUGGCCAGGGCUGGGGGACAAGGAUUCCCCAUUGCCUUCUGUACCUGGGACUCCUGGGCUCCACUCCCUGCUGCCUGCCCAGCCUUGGGAUCCCAGUGUCCCUGCUGCUCUGUCUGGUGGCUUCUUUGCUCCCAGAUACCUCCUCAGGUUACCUCAGGGAGAGAACCCCUUACCUCUUGUUGCUCCAGGGCCUGGGAAAGGCCCAGACUCUCUGUGCACAAAUGCACAGCCUGCAGAGCAGGCCCUUCUUGUUGGAUCAGAACUGGGGGUUCUCCAGCCACCUGGAGCAUACUCAUGCUCAGGUGAGGCAGGUGGCAGCCCAGAGGACUCUCACGGGUCCAGGUCAAGGGAUGGAAGAGGAGAGGCACAGAUGGGAAGAGAGAAAAGAAGAGGCAACAGCAGCAGCGUCCCAGUGGCUGAGCAUUCUCCUGGCCUCAGUUCGGGCACCAUCCAGGAGAUAGCCUCCAUCCUGCCUACUCACACAUGUGACACUCAUGUGGCUCAGGAUGUAGUGAGUGAGACCCAUGCCACCCUUUGCCUCCGCACAGACAGCCCACCAGCAAGAACUAGGACACAUGGGAAUCUUUCGAACCCUUGGACAUCAUCCCAGAAACUGGGGACACCUCCUAAGAAUGCCUUAGAAGGUCCUCCUUUGGAGACCAAGGGGAGGCUGCCUGCCUGCUUUCUCUCUCAAGUCCCCUGUUUCCUCACAUCUUUCACGCGGUCCCAGGGUAUUUCCUUGAACCAGCAGAAACUGGGCUUGUCACACCUCUUAGGGAGCCCCAGGAACUGUGAGACCACAAGCUCCUUCCCCUCACUUAAGGCCGAGCCCCAGCUCACAUGGUGUUGCUUGGGCCGCGGCCUGCCCCUGCCUGCAGAGCAACAGAAGGCACCUCCUGGGCGCUUGGCUUCAGGCUUGCCUGAUGGAAGCCUCCAGGGUGAGAGUGACAGAGCACUGGCCAGGAGCAGUGGAGGAAAGACCAAGAUAAACCCAGGAAGAGAAAGGCCUACGCAGGCACCUGAGCUCCCCUAUCCAAUAGUCCCAGGGAUGAGGGUGCAAGACCAGGUAUCCAGUACACAGUGGAAGAAAGGACUGUGCAGUAGGAAGGUGAAGCCAUCUCGUGAGAACAUCAAGCAGAAGAAAAUGAUGCUUCAUUCUAAGAGGUGUGAAGGGAGUUUCUGGCAGAGAGCCAAACGGCUGUGCAAGCCACACUGGUUGCCGAGAAGAAGCUGUCUCCCCCACCGACUUGUGGGGUUAGAGCCACGAGGGACCCUCGAGAGAACUUCAGGAGGAGUGGCAGGUCUAAAUCUGCAAGGAGAGCCAUCUUGUGCCAGCACAGACUUGUCCAUUGGCCAUAGGAACAGAGAGAAGGAAGGUGACUGCAGACAGACCUCGGAACCCAUCUCCACUGGCACGAGCCCAAUAGCCAUCUUGGAAAUAGACAAGUCAGCUCUGAAGGAUAUUUCUCCACCUGCUGGUGAGCAUGAUGAGCCUUCUCAGGAGAAGGAGCGGGCAGAUGGGUCAGGACUGUCUCUGCAAUCUCAUGUGCACUUGGCAGUGUUUCAGGAAGAUCUUCUGCCCCAGGACAAGGCUCUUGAUGCUGGAUCCCCAGGGACUCAACUGCUGCCUUCCCAGGAUCAAGUCUCCAUGGUUCCAAACUUGUGCACUUCCCCAGACAUCCCAGAGCCACCUUCCUCCUUUAGAUCCAAAGGAACACUUCCUCACCAUGACACUGCUACCUCUGUGGCUGCUGUCUGUGUUUCUGUGGGGAUAAGAACAGGACACAAGACACUGGGGGCUCACAGUGCAGAGUCCUAUGCAGAGGAGACUUUGACACAAAGCUCCCCAGACAGAGGAGCCACACCAGACAGCAUACCUCAGGUGCUUCUGCCAGGGAGGCCUUCACCUGGUCAAAGGUCACCUGGAAAAACUAAUGUAGACAUGCCACAUUCAGGACCUUGUUCAGUCAGCUCGUGCCAGGAGGAAGGGAGAUCCCAGACAGCUUUUCCCUCCUGGGGCCAAUAUGGAUGUGGGGAGAUGGCCACCCGCUGUGCUGCUUUAGGAAGCGAGAGUGGGGCCUGUCAGGGCGAAGAAUUAAGCACCCCCGAGAGUGCCACAGCUCCUCCUGGCCAAGGACAGCCCUCAGAAGUCUCCGAAGCCCCUUUGAGAUCUCUCCGAAAGAGGAGUUUGGAAGGAAUGAGGAAGCAGACUCGGGUGGAGCUCAGUGACGUCAGCAGUGAUGAUGAAGACAGACUGGUCAUAGAGAUAUGACAUGCUUCCAGAGAAAGAUGGCGGUGACGGCCAAGGGCCAGGAUCUUCUGAGCUAGACAUCAACGAGUGUAAAACAGGCACUGGACUCUCUUUAUAAGACAUCUACAGACUAAGAAAGCCAUCUGAGAUUUCUUCAAGCCAAAUCCAGCCAACACCAUGCCCACCCAGAGCCAGCCAUACCUUCCUUUUUAGCUUCUCUCAGAUAGAUCUUGAACUCUUCCAUAUUUAUCUGGAAGCGCCAUGGUGGCUGGGAAUGCCACCUCAAGAGACUCCACAUACACAGCUCCAACAUGAUGCUGUAGCCCCCACUGCCUCAUCUAGUAAAAUGACACUAACCAGAAGAGCCAUAUGCAACAUUGUUCCUGACCAGUGAGACCCAACAUCACCAUCACCAAAUUAAGAGUGGCAGACACCUUUGGGGUCAUUGGGGUAGCUUGAGAAAAAAGGAUGGGUACAAAGGUAUGAACUGGGUGCCAAGAUGUUUCUACACAUUUCAGAGACUAACUCUAGAUGCAUUAAAAAACUGGUCGGGUCCAGCCAUCUUCUUAACUGACACUGUAAAUACACAUGGCAACGGCUAAGGCCCUGUUGUAUGUUGCACAAAUGGUCAAUACUUGUUUCUGGUCCAAUAACACAAGCACGUACGGCCCUUGUACUUGGUGCCUUUUCAGUGAGAC